UUGCUUCCGGUGUCAAGCGACAUAAACAAACCGCCGUGUCGGUGUUCUCCGGCGUGAUUUCGGCUCCCGGCGGUGCUCGGAUGCGCGGUUAGCCCCCCGGUCGGCGGGUUUAUCGGGAGGCGGGAUGAAGUGCGUGGUCUCCGGGUGUCCGAACCGGCCCUCGAGCGUCGGCCGGGGGAUCAUUAACAGGCCCCCGAAGAGGUUCUUCAGCCUUCCAGAGGACCCCACGCGCGUGAAGGUAUGGCUGGCGGCGCUGCGGGAGACGGACAAGCAGGACUCGGUGGAUCAGUACCUGAUCUGCGAAGACCACUUCCUGCCCGAGGACAUCUCCAAGAGCGGGAUCAGCAGCGACGCCAUUCCCAUCAUGCCCCCCUGCCUGGACGGGGACAUGGGGAUGAUGGGCGCCUGGGCGGAGGAGGAAGAGGAGGAGGAGAAUCUGUGGGGUGCCGCCGCUGGUGACGAUGGUGGUGGUGAAGAGGAUGAAGAGGAGGAGAAAGCAGUCACUGUUAAAAUGGAAGUUUCCACACCUGAACCACCUGAGCCACCAAAGCAGGAGUCGGAGGCCAAGAGGACUUCAGAAACAAUAAUCACAAGCAGCCCUCAGCAUCAGAGCAAGAAGAGCCGGCCCCUCGCGGCCCCUCGACAGGACGUGUCUCUGGGCCAUCUGACGGAGCGCUUCCUGGAGAUGCUGCUGGCGGCGCCCGGCGGCACGCUGGACCUCCACCACGUGGCCGUGAGCCUGAAGACGCGCCGGCGCCGGGUCUACGACAUCACCAACGUCCUGGACGGCAUCGGCCUCAUCCGGAAGGAGUCGGCCAGCGUCAUCAAGUGGACGGGGAAAUGCUCCGUUGUGAGCUUCCUGCGCCAGAGCCAGCUGCGGUUCCAGAGGGAGCUGCAGAACCUGAAGCUGGUGGAGGAGACGCUGGACACGCUCAUCAAGAGCUGCGCCAAGCAGCUGUUCGACAUGACCGACGACGCGCAGAACGCCAGGGCGGCCUACAUCACGCACGAGGACGUGAGCCGGCUGGACGCCUUCCAGGAGCAGACGGUGCUGCUGGUCAAAGCUCCGGAGGAGACCAAGCUGGAGGUGCCGGCGCCGCGAGAGGACAGCAUCCAGAUGCUCCUGAAGGGGGAGAAAGGCCCCAUCUCGGUGAGGACGUGCGACGUCGACGGCGGCGUGACGAGCGGCUGCUUCGUGACGCUGGAGGAGAGCAGGAUACACACCUCGCCGCUGCACACGGAGUCUUCGAACACACAGAGUGCCACGCAGAGCGCAUAGCCACCAGCAGGAGGCGCCGCUGCACCGAGCAGAGCAGAGCGGGGCUCCAGGCUGCAGCUCAACAGAGACCCUCUCUUUUUAUACACAUUCAGCCUCUGCAGCCAGUCUGGAGCUUUAUUUUUCUACGGACGUCAGGACGGAACUCCUCGGUCCCCGGAGACUUUACGGUGUCCAGACUGACUUCUUUCUGCCGCGUUGUGUUUCUCAUAUUUGUGUUUAUAUUGAUUGUGUUUGCUCUCAUCUUUCUAAUGUGGGGGGGGGGACAGGAUGCUGUUAAUAAAUUAAAAAAGGAAUCAUGUGCAAGCGAGGAGUG